AUGUGGAGGUGGACGAGAGUAAUGGCGUCCACCUUUUCUACUACUUCGUCGAGUCCGAGAAGGACCCUGCGAGAGACCCGCUGGUCUUGUGGAUGCAGGGCGGACCCGGCUGCUCCGGCCUCUUGGGCCUCGCCUACGAGAUGGACCCACCACCCGAUUCGUCAGUUCCUCUUCAUAUCUCGUCGUUCCUCCAGCCCUAGCGCCGUCGCAGCUGCCGUGUAGCAAGUAGCAACAGGGUCUGCAGCGGCAUCAGCCGGCGGAAGCGGUAGCGGGAGCCUGGCGAGGCGUGGAAGUCGUCGAUGCACAGGAUGACCGGAGGCUGGGGAGAGCGACAGGUUCAUGGACUUGGCAGCCAUCUGCCGGGCGGAAAGUGCGCCGCCCCCGUCUUGCCACGUUUCCUCGGGCGCGCGCCGCUGCAGGAUACGGGAGGAGGCAAUGGCGGAGGCUUUUUCGACUGGAGGCCCCUUCAAGUUCGACGUCGAAGGGUACAGAGGCGGACUCCCCACUUUGCUAUACCGACCUGAGACAUGGACCAAGCUAAGCAAUAUAAUCUUCAUUGAUAGCCCCAUCGGGGCUGGGUUCUCCUAUGCCACUUCAGAGGAAGGCCUCAAAUCUAGUGAUACUAUGGCGGUAAAAAAACUAGUCAUCUUCCUGAAAAAGUGGUUACAUGAGCACCCCCAGUUCCUCUCGAAUCCACUAUAUGUUGGUGGUGAAUCCUAUUGUGGUAUUACGAUACCCACUCUUGCCCUGGAAAUCGAUAUAUCAAACAAAGAAUCUGGCGAUGAACCCCUUCUUAAUCUCAAGGGGUACUUUGCUGGCAACCCUAGUACUGAUGCCAGGUUUGAUGUGGCCGGGAAUAUCCAAUUUUUCUAUGGCAUGGGAAUGCUAUCAGACGAACUGUAUGAGACUGCAAACGAGAACUGCAGAGGAAAUUACAGUGAUCCACCUAAUGCUUUAUGUGCCGAGUCCGUGCAAGCUAUCGCCAAUUGCACAAAAGAUAUCAACUGGUCCCACGUCCUGGAGCCCUCAUGCAACGCGAUACGGAGCCCCAAGAUUCAGCAAGCGGCUGCGAAAAGUGGACCAAGUGGGCUCAUGGUGGAGUACUCUGCUGACGAUGAUAUCCCAUUUCCCUUCAAGUGUAGAGGCGAUACCCUCGAACUAUCUAAUAUAUGGGCAAAUGAUGAAAGAGUAAGGAAGAGUCUUGGCGUUCGCAAGGGAACAAAGGGGGAAUGGAUAACAUGCGACCACGGCAUACCAUUCACUAGAGAUAUAAUGAGUACAAUAGAGAUUCAUUUGAGGCUACGCAGAGAAGGAUAUCCCGCACUGAUAUUUAGCGGCGACCAUGAUAGUGGGGUUUCCUUCGUCGGCACACAAGCAUGGAUAAGAUCUCUUAACCUGUCUAUCACAGAUGAUUGGAGACCAUGGUAUGUUGAUGGUCAAGUUGCUGGAUUCACAAGAAGUUUCUCAAGUAACCUAACAUACGCAACCGUGAAGGGCGCUGGACAUACUACUCCAGAGUACAAGCCCAAGGAGUGCCUUGCUAUGUUUACAAGAUGGAUUUCGGGUGACCCUCUAUGAAACAUGAUUCCAAUUGGACGAGCGAGUGUUAGCAGCGCACGAAUUAAUUCUGCUGUACAAUACCUGUGUUCUCAAAUUCUCAUCUUGCAUGUGCUGGAAUGCGUAUAUGGCUCGUACAUUUUAUCAUUCAGACUGAGAGCAACAAUUUCAGCAUAUUAAACCUUGCAGAUCAGCAAUACAUGAUACAUCGUCUUCAA